GGCCCAAGGGCAUCAGAACGGCUUUUCGCAUGCAACCGUCUAAGAAGUGAUACCUCAAGACUUCAUUAAGUAGUAGACCCGACGCCCAAAACCCUCUCUCUUCUUUGCUUUCCUCAGCCCUACCCUUCUUCUGCUCUGGGCUCUGUACUCUCUCUCGCUCUCGCACAGGGGGAAUUUAAUGGCUUCCUCUUCUCCGUCGGCCGAAGAGUCCUCCCCGGUGGAGCCCGUGGUGGAGGCGACGGAAUCUCAAACGCAGGUUACGGCUUCUGCGGCAGAUGCGGCGUCGGGGAAACCAUCUUCGACGGGGCCGAAGUGGCCGGGAUGGCCGGGAGACAACGUGUUCAGGUUGAUAGUGCCCGUUCUAAAGGUCGGGAGCAUCAUAGGACGCAAGGGCGAGCUCGUUAAGAAGAUGUGCGACGAUACUCGCGCUCGCAUUCGCAUCCUCGACGCCCCAAUCGGCACUCCCGAUCGCAUCGUUCUUAUAUCUGGGAAAGAAGAGACAGAAGCACAACUAUCCCCUGCAAUGGAUGCUGCACUUAGAGUAUUCAAACGUGUUGCUGGUCUCUCUCCUAGUGAGGGUGAUGGUGCAGGUUCAGCAGCUGCAUUUUGUUCAAUGAGAUUAUUGGUGGCAUCUUCGCAAGCCAUUAAUCUGAUCGGAAAACAAGGGUCUACUAUUAAAGCGAUACAGGAGAUCUCCAGUGCCUCUGUUCGUGUUUUGUCUGAAGAUGAACUGCCAUCCUAUGCUAGUUCAGAUGAGAGAAUUGUAGAGAUACAUGGUGAAUCUUCCAGCGUUUUAAAAGGAUUAGAAGCAGUAUUGGGACACUUGAGGAAAUUCUUAGUUGAUCGCAGUGUUAUUCCUAUAUUCGAGAAAAAUUACAAUGCAACGAUCACACAGGAUCGCAACAAAGUAGAGAGCCAGUCCCUGCUUCAGAAUGCUCCUACUUCUGCUCCUGGCCCUCAAACUGAUUAUUCCCUUUCAUUGAGGCGUGAUCCAUUAAUUUUUGAACGCGAAACUCAAUUGGAUUCUAAGCUCUCGCAUUCUGGACUCUCACUCUAUGGAAAAGAUCCUGGACUUGCAUUACGAUCUUCUGGACUUGGGCGGACUGCUGCUCCUGUCAUUACUCAGAUAACACAAACAAUGCAAGUACCUCUAUCAUAUGCGGAGGACAUCAUUGGAAUCAAUGGAGCAAAUAUUUCCUACAUUCGCACUACUAGUGGAGCUAUUCUGAAGGUGCAAGAGAGCGGGGGCUUGCCGGAUGAGAUAACUGUGGAAAUUAAGGGCACGUCUUCCCAGGUUCAGACAGCUCAGCAGCUUAUUCAGGAGUUCAUUAGCACUCACAAGGAGCCAGCCUCAAGCAUCUACAGCAAGAUGGACAGUGGAUAUGGUUCAUCCUACUCACACUUGGCGGACACGACCUUCCCCUCAUCUUUUUCAUCUCAAUCUCUAGGAGGGUACGGAUCUUCUGGUGUAGGAGGGUACAGCAGCUAUAGGUUCUGAGUUGGCAAUUUAAUAACCUAUGUGAUCAUUUCUUUGUUGAAAUUCUAUUUAGAACAAUGUGUCAUCAAUAUCAAGUUGUACCAGUAAGAGGAGAAAAAUUUAGGAAUUGGACUGUGCUUACUCUCAGAUGGAUUCCAGAUGUAAUACGAGAGGACAUAGAUGGAGCCUGGGCCUCCUGCCUCAUUUCACUUCUCCUUUUUUUAAACAAUGAAUGAUAUUGUGGUGGCCUGCUUUUGAUCA